CUUAUAGCGUUCCUUGUCGGCCGACAGACGAGUCGGACCUGAAAACUAAUGGCGCCUCUGCGUAACGCCUGCAAAGGUCGAGUCUCAGUCCGAGGAUUUUUUUAUUGUCUUCUUUCCGCUCAACGUGUCGGCUUGAAGGAAGUUCUGUUCAGCAAGCAGGUAGCGCGCGUCAGUUGAAAUGUCCCAAGACGAAGACGAGCAAGGGACGAGCACGCAAAAGGGCUACCGUCUGCUGGGCAUCCUCGACGUGGAAAAGACGCCUUGCGCACGGGAGGCAGUUCUUCACGGUGCCGGUGCCUCAUUGGCUGCCGGCCUCCUGCACUUUUUGGCCACAAGUCGCGUGAAGAGGUCGUUCGACGUGGGUGCGGGGGGCUUCCUGCUCGCCACUUUUGCUUCCUGGUGCUACUGCCGCGUCAGCAACGCCAGGCAGCGAGCGCAGCAGAGGAUGAUCCAGCACGGUAUGAAAAACAAGAUCAUCUACCAGGGGACCCCCGCAGACCCGGCGCGCAGCGGCCAAAACUCCCGAGCCGCCUCGGGAUCCUCCUGACC